AAUUAUUACUUUGAAUGUUUAUACUUUCAACUAUGUAAUAUUCCAACAAGGAAUUUUGUUUUAUAAUUUCCGACCAUUAUUAUUUUGUUGGUAAAUAGUUUUAAAAUGUUAAUUUAAAAAAUUAAAAACCAAUUUUCAUUCAUAAUGGAUUUAAAUAAUAAGUUUCAAAAUAUGAGUUCCGAUUCAGACUCAAAAUCUAGUUCUUUAAAUUCAAAAGUUGAACAAGAAUCAGAAUCAAAUUCACCUACCAAAAGCCGCCGAUCAACCAGUUCUACAUCAAAUGAAAUUCCUUUCGUUGGAGAUAUAAAAUUAAGGAAUAAAAUACCAGAAAAUGUUGUUUCUAGCCGUUCUGACGAUCCACCAUUAUUACCAGGAGAAAAAGUGCAAGGUGUUGCUCGAGAUGUUACAUAUUUAUGUCCAUUUAGUGGUCCAGCUAGAGGUUGGUUAUCUGUAACCAACUAUAAACUAUAUUUUAAAAGUUUAGAACGUGAUACUCAGUUGGUCAUUGAAGUACCUUUGGGCGUGGUAAGUAGAGUAGAAAAAGUUGGAGGUCAGUCAAGUAGAGGAGAAAAUUCGUAUGGUAUUGAACUGUUCUGUAAAGAUAUGAGAAAUCUACGCUUUGGUCAUAAACAAGAGAAUCAUUCAAGGCGUAAUGUUUUUGAAAAGUUACAGCAAUAUGCUUUUCCUCUUUCUCACAGUAUUCCAUUAUUUGCCUUUGAAUAUACUGAAACAUUCCCAGAAAAUGGUUGGAAUGUGUAUGAACCUAUGGCUGAACUCAAAAGAAUGGGUGUUCCAAAUGAUACAUGGCAUAUUACCAAACUGAAUGAUGGUUAUGAUCUUUGUGAGACAUAUCCUGCUAUUCUAGCAGUUCCAGCUGGAGCAACAGAUGAAAUUAUAAGAAAUGCUGCUGCUUUUAGAAGUAGAGGUCGAAUACCAGUACUGAGCUGGUUACAUUCUGAAUCCCAAGCUACUAUAACAAGGGCAUCUCAACCCUUAGUAGGUGUUGGUGGAAAAAGGUGUCGUGAUGAUGAGAGAUAUACCCAACUUAUAGUUGAUGCGAAUGCCCAAUCACAUAAGCUUUACAUAAUGGAUGCAAGACCUAGUGCAAAUGCCAUUGCUAAUAAGGCUAAAGGAGGUGGUUAUGAACCAGAAGAUGCUUAUCAGAAUGCCGAACUAAUAUUUCUUGAUAUCCAUAACAUUCAUGUUAUGAGAGAAUCUUUAAGAAAAUUAAAAGAAAUAUGUUUUCCAAAUAUUGAUGAAACAAAAUGGUUAUCUGGAAUUGAAUCUACAUAUUGGUUAAAACAUAUCAAAUGUAUUUUAGCUGGAGCUUGCCGUAUUGUUGAUAAAGUAGAAAACCAUAAAACUUCAGUUUUAGUUCAUUGUUCUGAUGGAUGGGAUCGUACAGCUCAAUUAACUGCACUUGCCAUGGUACUUUUGGAUCCAUAUUAUAGAACUAUUAAAGGGUUUGAAGUUUUGAUUGAAAAGGAAUGGCUUAGUUUUGGACACAAAUUUCAACACAGAAUUGGCCAUGGAGAUGAUCACCAUUCAGAUGCUGAUAGAUCCCCUGUUUUUCUACAAUUUAUAGAUUGCGUAUGGCAGGUGACAUGCAUGUUUCCCAACGCAUUUGAAUUCAAUGAGUUAUUUUUAAUUACUAUUGUUGAUCAUCUAUAUUCCUGUAGAUUUGGAACAUUCCUUUUUAACAGUGAAAAGGAACGUUUACAAAAAGAAGUUAAACAAAAAACUGUUUCACUUUGGUCUUACAUCAACAGUGAUCUAGAUUUAUAUAAAAAUCCUCUAUACUGGCCUCAGCAACAUGCUCUUGAACCAGUUGCUUCAUUACGUUACAUUAAGAUGUGGAAAGGUCUAUAUUGUCGUUGGAAUCCAAGCAUGAGACCUCAAGAACCAAUUUAUCAAAGGACAAGAGAACUACUUCAUAUGAAAACACAACUAAUGAAAAUAUCAGAUGAUUAUCGAAGAGAACUGAAACAUAAAGCCUCAAGAAACACUUCUACUACUAACCGCUUAACAUCUCCUAUACACAUUUAAGUAUAAAAUAAUGAAUACUUCAUAUGAUAUCUCAUUUUUUUAAA